GUAAGAAGACACAACACCUGUUUCACUUUAGUUUGGGUUCAUUCAUUCACUAAAGACCUUUCACUUUCGAUUCAAGAUUGUUUCACUUUCGAUUCAUUCAAGAUUGGUUCCUUUUAAUGGUCUCGUUUUGUUUCGGGUUAGUUUCUCAAGCUCAAUCUUGAAGAAGACAAGAACAAAGUGGAGGUAUCCUUGUCCUUGCUUGAUUCUUACUCAAUUCAUUUGAUGUGAUUAUUAAUCCUGAGUUGGGGUGAUGAGAAUUAGAAUCAUUACCGGAUUGGAGAGAUUUCAUCUUUCCGACAUCCGGAGAUUGCUGUUGGGAACCAUUGUCACAGUUGGUUUCGUUGUUCUGCUUGUUCAGUGUUUUGGUAUUCCUUCUUUUUACUGGUCUCCUCCUCCAGUUAAGGUUUCAGUGAUUGACUUAACCAAUUCUAAUGUCACUCAAGUUUCUGUUAUGAAUUACAUAAAUCUCUCUGAUGAUGAGGAAUUUGUAAAGAGGGAUCUUGGUAGAGAAAAUGCUGUUGUAAUUAGUAAGGAGAAGGUAGAGUUUAAUGUAUCUGUUAUUGGUAGACCAAAUAUAUCAUUGAGGAAGACUAAAAUGGUGGUUGAGAGCUCAGAAUCAGAUCCAACUUCGGUUUUAGUUCGGGGUAAAGAUAGUAGGAAAGGUGAUGUUUUGUCUAUAAGGAGGCACAAGAGAAGAGGGGCUGCGGUUUCGAUAUCUCAGAUGAACUCGUUGCUGAUCCAGAGUCUUUCUUCUUUUAAAUCUCCUAAGCCUCGGUGGUCAUCAGCUCGAGACUCUGAAAUGCUCUCUGUGAGAUCAGAGAUUGAGAAAGCCUCUGUUUUGCAUGACACUCUUGGACUUAGUGCCUCGCUUUAUCGAAAUAUCUCCAAGUUUCAAAGGAGUUACGACUUGAUGGAGAGGAAACUCAAAGUGUAUGUGUAUAAGGAAGGAGAGAAACCAAUAUUUCAUACGUCAAUACCUCGAGGGAUUUAUGCCUCAGAAGGUUGGUUCAUGAAACUCAUGGAAAGCAACAAGAAGUUUACAGUAAGAGAUCCAAGGAAGGCUCAUUUGUUCUACAUACCCAUCAGCAUAAAAGCUCUUAGGUCUUCUCUGGGACAGGAUUUUCAGACACCAAGGAGCCUUGCAGACCAUUUAAAGGAAUAUGUCGAUUUGAUAGCAGGAAAGUACAAGUUCUGGAACCGAACUGGUGGAGCCGAUCAUUUCCUUGUUGCUUGCCAUGAUUGGGGGAACAAACUGACAAAAAAAACCAUGAGGAAUAGCGUUCGAGCACUUUGUAACUCAAAUGUUGCCCAAGGAUUCAGAAUUGGGAGUGAUACAGCUUUACCGGUCACAUAUAUACGCUCAGCCGAGUCUCCUCUUGAGUACCUAGGUGGAAAAGCUCCGUCCGAAAGGAAGAUUCUUGCAUUCUUUGCUGGAAGCAUGCACGGAUAUCUCCGUCCGAUACUAGUAAAGCUUUGGGAGAAUAAAGAACCUGACAUGAAGAUUUUUGGUCCAAUGCCUCGUCACCCUGAAAGCAAGAAACAAUACCGAGAAUACAUGAAAAGCAGCCGGUACUGCAUAUGCGCGAGAGGUUAUGAAGUCCACACUCCUAGGGUUGUCGAGGCUAUCAUGAAUGAAUGUGUUCCGGUCAUCAUUGCUGACAACUACGUGCCUCCUUUUUUCGAGGUUUUGAACUGGGAGGAAUUUGCAGUGUUUGUUGAAGAGAAAGAUAUCCCAAAUCUGAGAAACAUUCUGCUGUCGAUACCGGAAGAGAGAUAUAUCGGCAUGCAAGCAAGGGUAAAAGCGGUGCAGCAACAUUUCCUGUGGCACAAGAAAGCGGUGAAGUUGGAUCUUUUCCAUAUGAUUUUGCAUUCAAUUUGGUACAGCCGAGUUCAUAGAAUUAAAACCAGGUGAAAACAACAUUUAUGUGAAUGCAUUUGAGUGGUUAUCACCACUACCUUUAUAACUGUAUUCAACUCAGUUAAUGGUUUUUGCUGAUCUUUCGAUAAUGAUUACAGAGGAGAAGAAAGUUAAAAGAAAGUUAAAAACCUUA